UUGAGUUCUGGUUUUCUGCGAAAUUGYUGCAAAUUUUCCUUUUAUUUCUUCUUUAUUUUACGGAUUUAGCGACCCUACGAUAUAGAAUUAGGAAGUAUGGUUGUCAUUAAUGGCUUAUGAUAUGAAAGACGAUGCAAAAUUCUCCAAGUUCGAUCGGAAAACUGCAUGGGCAUUCGACAAGACAGAUUCCAAAAUCCGAAGGAAAUGAGUAUAGCUUCACUUCUUUCACACCUUUAAGUCCAGAAGACACUAAAGGGAGUUACUUCUUCUCGAAAUUAUUUCAAUGGAAGAGUUCUGAGCCAAAAGCAUUACCGAAAUCAAGCGGGGCUAAGGCUGUUUCAAAUGCAGCAACCAAGAAUGAAGAUAAGCCAAAAAGUUCUACUUCAUCAUUCCAAUGGCGAUCUUCUCCAGGUUCAUUAAGGAGUAAAAUCCCGCGAUCUUGGUCAUCUCCUCGUUUUCAUCGUCGACAGGGGUCAGGGUCAUCGGGCUCUCCAGGCCAAGGGAAGCAACUCCCUCAAGGAUAUAGGAACUUGAGUGCGUUAUUUAAAAGACUGAGUGCUGCUGCGGACUAUUCCAAGGGAGACCAGCCCUUCCAACCAUACAAUGAGAGUCAUUUCAAACAGUACUGGAUGCCAGAUGAACACUGUAAAGAAUGCUAUGAAUGUGGAGAGAAGUUUAAUACUUUUAGAAGACGCCACCACUGUAGGCUAUGUGGACAAAUAUUCUGCUAUAGAUGUUGCAAUAUUGAAAUCCCAGGGGAAUUGAUGGGGUAUUCAGGGGGCCUGCGUGUGUGCACAUACUGCAACAAGAUAUUUCAAACCUACACACAAUCGCCUGACAUGCUUAGAAACCUAGAACAACUCCAAGCUGAUAUCCAAGCUGUAUCCAUGGAUACUGAUUACUCAUUACACCACUCUAGCUCACUGAAUACCCUGAGUGUACCAAGAGCUGGCAAUCCAUUUGAUGAAGAUGAUAAAUACUCGAUAUCAAGUAGCAGAAAGACAAGCUCUAGUAGCACUAGUAGUAUAUACAUUGAUAAGCUUGAACAGAGAGAGAGUCGGCCUUCAUCUGCUAUGCAGAAUGUCAGAAGUCCUUUUGAUGCUUUUGGUGUUUGUGCAGCAGAGGCUAACAUGCUCAAACAGGACUCACUUCGAGAAAUAUGGCACCUGAUAAUGUCCAAAAGGUCUGGUCUAGAGCUUCAAAGUCAUAGGUUCAGACUAAAAACGUAUCAGAAUUGCUUUGUUGCAACUGAUCUGGUUGAAUGGCUUAUCACCCAUGAAAAGGCAAUGACGAGAUAUCAAGCUGUAGCUAUUGGUCAAGCCUUGUUAGAAUCUGGUUGGCUAGAGCCUGUACCUCAGACAAGAGAUGUGCAAGACUUCUGUGAUGAGUAUGCCCUGUAUCAACCUGGCUCAGUUGCACUCAAAGAUCAGGCAGGCAAUCCUCGAUCAUCCAGAUUUCAUUUAGAAAGCAGUCUAAAAGGGGAAUCAUUGAAUGAAGACAGUGAAGAUGAAAACGAAGAUGAUGAUGAAACGGCACCACAGUGGUUCAGACAGCUUCCAGGUUAUGAGAGUGGAGAAGAGCUUGAUGUAGGAGAAUCUGUAGAGGUAGAUCCUGUUUCGCCCGCAGGAAUUUUGAACGUGCCUAAACAUUCCAGAGCAUCAGGUGCAAAACUUUUAGACCUUGACGCAACAACUGCAACUGAAGAAGAAGAGAGUGAACUAUCACUGAAAGUAAAUCUGGAUCAUUUUGGUGAAGGAAACACUGGUUCAAAUGAAAGACAAAACACAGACAAUCAAGGCCCAACAUUGUCCUUAACCACCGACGUACCCCCUCCCCCCUUAGAACAGUACGUGUACACUGAAGGCUACCCGAUAACCUCGUUAAGAGCAUCUCACAACAGGAAAGCCUCAGAAACUCCUGUCUUAGCAACUAGCGCUGAAGACGUUCUAAAAGGUGCCAUUAUGGCAAGGCGAAUUGGUGUUGAUAGACCUAAACCGGACGAUCCAAAAACACUGAGAGACGACAAUAAUGAGAGGCUUGCGAUGGAAAGAAUAUGCAAAUCACGUGCUAUUCACGUUUCUCGUCUCGUGGAGCAGUUGUUAACAGAUGCUGGUCUGUCAUUGGAAUGGAGAGAUGUUAUCAUGCCUCUGGUGGCAGAGAUAAGUGAAAAGGUUGCCCCUGACGUGCGCAAAGACGAUGACAUGGAUAUACGACAGUACGUCAAGUUCAAAAAGAUCCCAGGUGGCAAAAAGAGUGAUUGCGAAGUUGUCUGGGGCGUUGGGUUUACCAAGAAUGUCUCCAAUAAAAAGAUGUGCAAUUCCUUUGUCAAUCCGAGGAUUCUUGUUCUGUGUUGUGCAAUUGAUUAUCAGCGCAAAGAAAACAGAUUGGCUUCUCUUGAUCCUUUGAUCCUACAAGAGAACGAAUUCCUCAAGAACUUUGUCGCUCGGGUAGCGGCUUUAAGACCAAACGUGUUGCUGGUGGAGAAAACAGUGUCUCGUUUAGCUCAGGAUAUGUUGUUACAGCAUGGUAUUACUCUUGCCUUAAACGUCAAGCCGGAGGUUAUAGAGCGUGUUGCUCGAUGUACUAAAGCAGACAUUCUAAGGUCAAUGGAACAGCUAAGCUGUCCACAUCUUGGCACAUGUCAGCAAUUCAGAGUACAAAAAUACACUUUGAAGAAUGGAGAGACAAAAACCCUAAUGUUCUUCGAUGGCUGCCCCCCUGAGCUGGGCUGUACAGUAUCGCUACGAGGUGGCAACAGACUUGUCCUCGCUAAAGUCAAGAAGAUCGUCCAGUUUGUGACAUACGUUUCAUACAGUCAGAAACUAGAGACGGCCUUCCUUAUGGACGAGUUUGCUCUUCCUGAAAAACCAAUGUAUCCUAACGAUAGCUCAUCAACUUCAAUUAACGAGAAUUCAAACACAGAAACAAUCAAAGAAGCAGAAGAAGGAAAUUGCGAUCUCGAUACAAAGGAGAGCUUGAACGAGGCUGUGAUUUUCCAGCAAGCUCUUGAUCGUACAGUUCUGUCUACCUCUCCCCACGUGAGAUACCCCCUCCCUUAUCUACUUACACCAGAAGGCGUCAGGUGUGCUGUGAGGCCACGUCUUCCUAAGGAGAUCUACUGGUCUGCCCGACUAGCCAAUGAGAAGCAAGGCAGUUGUCUUACUGAGAAGGAGCUUGAAGAGUUCGAGCUUCCUAAUCUCAAACGUAAUGUCCACAAAAGUGUACAAAUCCUUGAAGCUCAUCCAUUCGUGUGCCCUAGUGUAGUGGUCAAUAGUAAUGAUCAGUUUAUACUAGGGGUUGUAGCAGAUUUUAGAUCUCAGGGGGGUCGUAUUUUUCUGAAGAGACGCAAUGUUGAAUCUGAUGGACGACGCAAGUCUAAAUGGCUUAUAAUGGAAUCUGAGGAUGAGGGAAAAGAGAAUGAGUUUGAUACUGUGGAUGGUAAAAAAAGAAAGGACUCAAAUACUGAGAAAAAUGGCCGAAAGAUCAGCUCUUUAGAUGUCAAGUGCAGAACUCAAGAUGGUCUGGCUUCACCUGUUCACUUUAACAGGAAGAUUGAUUGUCUGGACCCCAUCCAUCAUCAACGUAUAGCGGUGCUGUUUAGUAGCUACUCUAGUGAAUCAAAUAACUCUCCUCGUCCGUGUAUAAGCCCUUGGGCUGUAUUUAUGGAGUUUUACGGAAGGAAUGAUAUCACUCUUGGGGGAUUUCUUGAAAGAUACUGCUUUAGACCUUCUUAUGUUUGUCCCAAUCCCAACUGUGACAUACCAAUGGUUGAUCACGUGCGGUACUUCGCUCACGGUAACGGAUCGGUGUAUAUUCACAUGAAGAACUUAGAGUCACCCAUACCUGGAUUCCAACAUACCAUCUUGACCUGGAGCUGGUGUAAAGAAUGUAAACAGGUGACGCCUAUCGUGCCGCUGUCCAGUGAUGCAUGGGCUCUUUCUUUUGCUAAAUACAUCGAGCUUCGGUUCUACGCUGACCAGUACACCAGACGAGCAAGCGUUGAGCCGUGUGGCCACUCCUUACAUCAGGACCACUUUCAGUACUUUGCCUAUGCUAACAUGGUGGCUUCGUUCAAGUACCGAGCCAUCAAGUUAUACGAAACAGCCAUUCCUCCUCCGUUGAUUUCGGCGAAAGACGAAGUGCGGGAUGCUACUUACUGGGUGCAAGACGUGGAAGCUAUCUCUAUGAGGGGAGAUACAGUAUUUGCAACAAUACUUGAAAGAUUAGAUACUCUAAAAGCGGCCAAAUUAGAUUUUCAUGCACCUGAGCGUGACUCCAAACUAGCCCAGUUCACGGUUCAGCUUGAGGAGGACCACGCCCGAUUUACCGAACAGGUACAAGCAGUAGACAAGAAAGUAAAGGUGUUAGAAAGUCUUCAACAUCCACUAGACGUAUCGAGCUUUGAUCAACGGGACCAGCAAGCACUAGGAUACGUGAUCGCUGACGGUGUUAAUGGCCUGAAGAGAAUCCUGUGUGAAACUGUGGAGAACUGGAAUAACAGGCUCCAAGAAUUUAUCCAAGUUGAAAAGAAACGAACGAGUAAGACAGGAAGCCAACGCGAUGUCAAGCCUGGAGAUAAAACUGAUAAUAGUUUGAGUGCUAAAAGUAUGGAAGAUUUUAAAGAUCUCUCCGAAGACCUGACCCAAUUUGCUAUGGCUGCACCGGGCCUUUCUCCUGCUUUUUCUCCGUGGAAUUCAAGAAAUACUUCACCAUUUGUACCAACUGAAGGGUCAGAUUCGGACUUAGAUAUCCAAGCUUCAGAUGUAGACUCGAGCAAAAGAGAUAUGUACUUUAAUCCUAUCGUCACGACAGAUGACUCCGUGAAGAAGGAUGACAGGAAUGAAGUGUUUGAAGGAAGCCUUACCCUAGACAAGAAAGAUGAUGCAAAUGGUGACACAGAUGAAACAGGUGACGGUAGUGACGURACAGAUGAAGGAAAGCCUUUUGUUCGUGAUCACAGAAGAGUGAUGUCACUUCCGCCUCAUAUCAGAAUCACUGGAAGUUUGAAUACUCUUGACAUCCAAUCAGUCGAGAACUUAAUGAUAACAAAGAGUGUAGGGGGACUCGUACGUAGCAGAAGUGACACCAAUAUAUCCGUCUUCGAAAAAGAGACAGAGACAAAGAAAAAAACUUUAUUGGAAUCUUUAGUCAAUUCAAGUCCUUCUGUUACCCUUACACAAAAGGAAGAAGUUGAAACGAGUGAGCUGAUGAAACGUUUCAAACCGCGACCUGUCUCUUUGCCGGAUUCAACGACAAAAAAGAACGCAGAACAGGAUUCGCCAAUAGCUUCGGUUGAUGGAACGCCUGCAAUCCGAAGAAGAGACAAAAUGAAAAACAUCAUCUCAUCUUUCCUUCCUGGAUCAGCCUUCCAACCAGUUGCGUCUUCCUUUCCAAGUCACGAGCACCAUCUUCUUCCUCCUGGUGAAAGAGUAUUUGUUGUAAUCAGCGAGAAAGAACCAAGUUCAAUCAUUGCUUACGCAUUAAGCACCAAAGAUUACAACCAUCGUUUAUGUGAGAUUCAAGCUUCUCUUGCACAUCUCACUAAGGGAACGAACCCUACUCCACAAGAGAUUCCCACUGAAAACAAAGACAGGAAUUCCCAACUACAAAUGACCGAGUCGUAUGAAGAUAAAAAAAGAGAUCAAAGCACAKUUUCGUCAUUGCUAUCGGUGGACGAGACCAAUGAAGAUUUUGUUAACGUCGAGAUAAAGGACAAAAAAAACAUCGAAAGCAACUCGAGCACGGAGUAUGUAGAGAUAAUUGAGGACAUCCAAGACCCAAUACCCGUGCGCAUCAAGAGAAGUAGCAGCACGCGCGAGAGACAGGAUAAAGUGAAGUUCUCGAAAUCAAGCCAUGAAAAUGAAUAUCAUGAGGUCAAAGAACAAACCAAAACAAGUGGUUCUGACGGACUAAACCAGAAUUGUAGUGAAAAAGAAGCGAACACAGAUCUCGGUUCUUUAUCAGAGUUUGGUUUUCAACCGAGUGUCGCUGGCAAGGAUCAAGUACUAGACUUCCAUAUCCAAAUGCAAUUUUCGUACAAUGUUUGUCGAUUCUACUGCAAUGCAUAUUAUGCUGAACAGUUUAGGAAACUACGCAAGCACACGUUUAAAGAUGGUGAAGAAAGGUACAUUCGCUCUCUUGCUCACUGUGUGGUUUGGCGUGCACGUGGCGGCAAGUCAGGCUCGUCCUUCUCUAAGUCUCUAGAUGAUCGUUUUGUAUUAAAGCAGAUGUCUCGUCUGGAGCUGCAGUCCUUUGUAGAAUUUGCUCCUCAUUACUUCCAGUACAUGAAUAAGGCGAUCAAAGAAAAGAGAUCAACGUUACUGGCCAAGAUUUUUGGUGUGUAUCGCAUUGGGUUCAAGAAUACGCAGACUAACACGACCAUGCGACAAGAUGUGCUGGUGAUGGAGAAUCUAUUCUAUGAUCGCAAGAUAGACAAGAUAUUUGACUUGAAAGGUUCCAUGAGAAGCAGAUACGUGCAAGUGUCAGGUCGAGAGAAUGACGUUUUGAUGGACGAAAACCUCUUAGAAAUGAUUCGUGAGUACCCAAUCUUCAUCCGUCCUCAUUCUAAAGCUGUCCUGUCCAAAGCUAUUCACAAUGAUACAGAAUUCUUAGCGCAUCACAUGGUUAUGGACUACUCGCUGCUUGUUGGUAUUGAUGAGCUGCGCUCCGAGAUCGUCAUUGGAAUAAUAGAUUUUAUUCGUACUUUCACAUGGGAUAAAAAGCUAGAAAUGUACGUCAAGUCCAGUGGGAUCCUCGGAGGACAGGGCAAGAUGCCAACCGUCGUCUCCCCUGAACUGUAUAGAACUCGCUUUAGCGAAGCUAUGAAACGGUAUUUCUUAAUGGUACCUGAUAAAUGGACCGGAUUAGGCAAUGAUCUUGAUUGAAUACUCAUUCACUGGUCUUCAGCACACGCGCAAUCGUACAAUUUCACGUUGCGACAAAAUAGAGAUUUCAAAUUGUUUUCAUGACGUUGUCCAAAAAAGAGGUUUCAAGAGCAUAUACCUAUGGAAUAUCAUGGAAACGUCGACUAACGUCCAUAAAAACCUACUUCGUCGCGAUGACGAUUAACUGCAUGCUUGAGAACGACUGUAAACCGUUAAAAUUGCCUCAAAUAGGUCUUUUCUUGGUUGACAAAAAAGUGCAUUAUAGUCUACCUUGAGUAUAUAAGUAAUACAAUUUAAUGCAUGAUAAACAGAAAUAUUUGUACACAAGAUAGACCACAAUGCACCAUGUUCGCCAUCUCAGAAAAGGUCUAUCGAACGAAUUACCGUUGAUUUGACCCGUUCCSACGACCAUGAUCCUUUGCGUUUAAACAAUAGAUUGUUUUGAUGUGACGUCAUAGUGAAAUAGGGCAAUUGGCCUGGAAAUACUACAAUGAAAAUUGAUCUCAAAUCACACACACCGCUAUCUUUAGCUUUGGGAAUCCUUUUUCUUUACAAAUUUUAUUGCUUGAAAAAGAAUGCAUCGAAAAAUAAAGUGGCCAAAAUCAAUGAUCCAAUUUCAAAAACUUAAAAAACUUCUCUAAAUUCAAAUGAACUAAAUUUAGUGUGAAACAAAUUGAUGAAAAAAAUAAAAAAAUAAUAUUUAAGAUAAAUACAGAAUAUAAAUGGGAUUCAAGAUUAUUUCUACGUUAAGCGGAGUUAUAGUGUAUCAAGAAAUAUCGAAAAACUUUGCCGAAUUGUCCACUAAAUUUUAUAAUUAUUAUUUUAUAUUUAAACAAAAGAAUGAUCUUUAUUUUUUAUCAAGAAUGAUGAAGCAUUUUAUUUUUUUYCCCCUCGAUCAAAGGAUAGUUGGCGAUUGAAAUAAAGUAGGGAAAUAUGAGAUACACAUUAAUAUCCAUACUAAUCACAAGUGCAUUCGUAGUUUUUACUAAAAUAUUUGAAAAUAAAAUGAAGAAAAAUUUUAUUGAGAUAUGCAUUUAACAACAGAAUGAUUUCUUUAAAUUUUUGUCACCUAAACACGCCAUUUUGUAAUUACGCAUUGAAUUUUAAAUUAUUGAAAUAAUGGAAAAGACGCUCCAUCCAGGACUACUCUACAGGACUACAGGAUUUUCCAGUUAAAGCUGGAGCCAAUCAGGAGAGAGCAUCAUCAUUAGCAUGUUGAGCUCAGGCAAUCACAUUAUUUCAUUCUCACAAGAUUUCAAGUCAAGUUCUGUCAGAUCUUGGCUUCUUUGCUUACUCCUGAUUGGCUCAUGUUGGAAUGAUUUCUUCCUAAUAGUGGCCCUGAUUCGAGUGUCUGAUAAAACUAUUGAUAUUGAUAAAAUUACUGAAAAUCAGUUUUGAAAAACAGGUGCGCUUUCCAUUUACAAGGAAAAAACGAAAAAUUCCGGUUGAGGUAAUCCACUUUUCCCGCUCUUUUUGUUUCUUUUCGGUAAACGCGUGUACCUUAUGUCGGAAGUCAAAGUUUCCCGCUUUUUUCUUGGCAUAUAAAUUUUCAACCGGAUGGAUUGGUUUAAAUGGUAAGCACCCCAGGUUGUACAACCAUUUAUACAACCACUCUCGUAAUGGUCGACAAGUGCACGUGAAAAAGUCAUUAGGGCGUUAGUUCACAAUAAAAGAUAUCAAAACACAUGUAAUGCGUUUAUAGAAGAAAAGCGUAGAAAUUGACUUUUAGUUUUGACCUGAAUUCACGCCAUCCACCUUUACUUUGAAUGAGCAGCCUUGCUCAACUUUGCAAGAUGACUGGGUGACUUCGUUUUCGUACGAUUGUCAGCCAUUAUGAGAACGGUUAAAAAUCUAUUAACUAGCGUAAUACACGUCCAGGGUCUCGAAUACAGGCUCAUUGAUAUCCGGUGCUGGGUCAGGUAGAGGUUUGUUGAAGCCCUCCUUAGUAACCAACCAGUAGGUAGUAACCAUACCACGACGCUGGGAACAAAAGAUGAAUAAAACAACGAUAAGAAACUACAAAAACCUUUACGACUUUGAUAAGAAACUACUUUUAAACAG